GUCGCGGGCUGAAACUCCGACACGGAGCCGUGGGCGGGAAGGGGGAGAAAAGAGCGCGGGAAAGGCCACCGAUUUUGCUAGGGUUCGCGGCCUCCGCUUCUCACUGCUCCCCGCCAACACCACCACCGCCAGCCGCCAGCCGUCGCGCGCAGGAGAGGUGGGAGGAUGCCGCGGAAGGCCACCAAGGAAGCCGAGCCCCAGCCGGCGGCCGCCGCGCAAAAGGAGCCCGCCCCGGCACCGGCGGCGCCGGCCGCGAUGACCGAGGCGGAGGUUGAGGAGCUGCCGAAGGCCAUCGUGCGCCGCCUGGUCAAGGACAAGCUCGCCCACGUCGCCGGCGGCGGGGAAGGGGCGGAGGUCAUCGUCAACAAGGACGCCAUGGCCGCGUUCGCCGAGAGCGCGCGCAUCUUCAUCCACUACCUCUCCGCCACUGCCAAUGAUAUGUGCAUGGAAUCAAAGAGGCAGACCAUCAAUGCUGAUGAUGUCCUCAAGGCGCUUGAUGAGAUGGAGUUUUCAGAGUUUUUAGAGCCCCUUAGGACCUCACUGCAAGAAUUCAGAAACAAAAAUGCAGACAGAAAGUCAGAAGCAAGCAAAAAACAAAAGGAGAAGAGAAGGAAACUAAAUGAAGAGUCUCUUCCGCAGAAGGAAAAUGAUCCAGCUGAUGAUGCCGAGGAGAAUGAUGAUUAGAUUUUCUGCUGGAAUGAUAGUUACAUGCAGAAACCGAGAUGUGGUACUGUUAUGUUGUUGUAUGCAUUAUGUGCUGCAUGUUACCUCUGUACUGCAGAACUUACUGUAGAUUUGAUAUGGAGCUGUAUAAUUCAAGUGUCCUGCUAUCAGUUUCCAGCUCUGUGGUUUGCUGCUAGAAUUCUGCUCCUGAUGAAAUGAUGUUUUAUGAACGGCAUCAGCAAUAUAUUGUUGCAAAUUGUUGGUUUUUA